AUGGUUGAUUGCCGCAGUCUGAUCGAGUUCUGCAGGGCUUUCGUGCAGCGUCAGAACUCCUUGGGCUCGUCGGAUAAUCGCAGCAUCCGUGGUCAAUCGCGCAACAGGCGUUGCAAAUCUUUGAACCCUUUAUCCCACCCUUUCUGUGAGCAAUCGCCUCUUGCUGUAAUGGAUAUUUUCGUGCUAUUUCUCGUGAUAGGAGCUCUGGGAAUUUUGAUCCUGCCAUACUUCAAGUUCAUCUUCCAAGAAGCCUCCGAGUUUCUUCCUGUUGCAUUUGACCUGAUUGGUGGCUUCGUCUAUGGAGCUCCAGUUGCUUAUGGAAUCGGAUUGGUGCUCACUUUUGGAGCAGUGGUUGCCUGUUGGGAGAUAAUCAGUCUGAGUUCUAGGAAAUGUGGAAGUCCUUACUGCAGGGGUUUAAGAAAUGCUGUUGAAUUUGAUAUUCAGCUUGAACCUGAAGAGUGUGUGAAGCACCUGCCAUCUUUGCCAAACGAUGUGCUUGGUUCGUGCCCAUUUGAGCUCGGAGAAGACCACAAGGAGCUGGAAGCCGAGCUAAAGAAGAUGGCACCCCUCAAUGGCCGUACAGUUCUCAUCUUUCGUGCACGUUGCGGCUGUCCACGAGGAAGAAUGGAGGUUUGGGGCCCUAGAAAAACUCAUCGGGUCAAGAAGUAG